AUGGACUCUCAAGGAAACAUCGCACAAGAUACUGACGACUUCACCGUUCCUUUCUCUGUCCAGGGUUCUGCCUUCGACGGCGCAUCUUCAUUCAACACCGGCAUCAGCAACGUCGGACAAAGUUCUGGACUCUUCGGAGAUCAGCAGUUCGCCAGCAACCAGGCCUCUAGCGACCAAUUCGGCGGUGGCGGAUUUGGACAGUUUGGCGGCGUUGAUGGCGGGUUCGGCGGAAGCGGAUUUGGCGGUGACGCCGAAUUCGGCGGAAGCGGAUUUGGCGGUGACGCAGGAUUUGGUGGAAGCGGUUUCGAACAGAGCGCGGGUUCCGCACCUAGCGGCGGCAGCGGGUUUGGGCAGACCGCUGGGUCCGGACCUACCGGAGGCAGCGGCUUCGACGCUUCCGGAGCCGGAGGAGGUAGUCAGUUCGCAAACAAUCAGGCUUCCAGCACCCAGUUUGGUUAG